GGGAAGAAGGAUAAACAGCAACACAUUAAGAGAGCCAAAGAUCUUGGGGCGACUGUAUAAGCAGAGAACACGAAAGAUGGCAAUGAAAAUCAUCAGCAUGGCAGCACUUGUUGUUGUUGUUUUGGCUUCAUCCGUGUUGCAGAGCACAUAUGCUGCAACUUACACUGUGGGUGACGCCACCGGUUGGACAGUCCCUAACCCUAAUAAUACUGAAUUCUAUGAUGACUGGACAGACAAUAAGACCUUCGUGGUUGGGGAUGUUCUUGAGUUUAGUUUUACAACCGGACGACAUGAUGUUGCCGAGGUGACUGAAACUGCUUACGACAACUGCAACACUACAAAUCCCAUCGUUCGAUAUACUACAGGACCGGCGAGUGUUGCCCUUAACAGGACCGGUGAACACUACUUCAUUUGCACUUUCGACGGUCACUGUAGCUUAGGCCAAAAGCUCAGCAUCGAAGUCAGAACUGGCCCCAGCACUGCUCCCACACCUGGUUCAACCCCCAAUCCUUCCAGCUCAGCUUCUGCCCUUGUUGCCACCAUAUCUCUUGUUUUCAUGUCCAUUGCCUUAGCUUUGUUCUGCUAAUUUUGCCUGUUCAUUUUUAUGUGAGAUUCAUAUGUCAGUUCAGUAUACUUCACACUUUGUAGCGUAUACCCAGACACAGUCUUCAUUCGUUUUGUUAUUAUCAUUAUAGUUUAUCAUAUGGAGUGAGAUUUUUGUAUGUUUGAAUAAAAAAGCUUGAUUCAUUUGCUUUACAAA